UACAAAGCAAAGAAGAAAAAGGAGGCGUAGAAUAGAUAGAGAGGCAGAGAAAAUGCUUAUGCAACAAAUUAAUGUAUCAAAUUCAAGUGGAUCUUAUCUCAUCCUUCAGAAGCCUUGCAUUACUAACCCUUGUUUACAGGUUUGGUCAAGGCCAUCAUGGUUCCCAAAGCAAAGGAAGCAAAAAAGGGUUACUACUCAUCAUGAUGGGUACAGGAGCAACAUCAAAGCUGUGGCUGUGAGUACGGAAGUUGAAAGCAAAGCAGUGAAGGUUAAAGCCACCAUAACUGUUCAGCCAACGGUUGGUGGGUUUUUCUCAGAACUGAGUUCUGGUUUAGGCCGAGGGUUGGAUGAUAUCAAGGAUUUGCUCGGUCAAUCACUUCUCGUGGAGCUUCUUAGUGCCGAGCUUGACGAAAAGACGAAACUAGAGAAGCAAAGUAUAAAAGAUUAUGCCCAAAAGACGCAUCAAUCGACACAAGAGGUUAAGUACGUGGCGGAAUUUGAAGUGCCGCAAAGUUUUGGAGAGAUAGGGGCUAUUCUGGUGGAGAAUGAGCAUCACAAGGAAAUGUUCAUCAAGGACAUUGUUCUGGAUGGCUUCCUCUUGGGUCCAGUUACUUUUUCAUGCGACUCGUGGGUUCACUCCAAGUUUGAUAACCCUGUUAAGAGGGUGUUUUUCUCCAACAAGUCAUAUUUGCCAUCAGAAACACCAGAAGGAGUGAAGAGGCUAAGAGAAGAGGAACUGGAACAUUUAAGGGGGAACGGGCAAGGUGAACGGAAGGUUCAUGAGCGAAUAUACGAUUACGAUGUGUACAACGAUCUUGGAGAUCCAGAUAGCAGCGAGGAACUCAAAAGACCCGUUCUCGGUGGCUCCCAACAUCCUUAUCCAAGGCGUUGCAGAACGGGAAGGGAUCGCUCCCACAAAGACCCGUUGUCGGAGAAAAGAAGUAGCUCCGUGUAUGUGCCUAGAGACGAAUGCUUCUCUGAAGUAAAGCAACUUACUUUUCAAACAAAGACCCUAUACUCUGCGUUGCAUGCACUCAUACCCACCAUCAGGACAGGGAUUGUUGACAAAAAUCUUGGCUUCCCUGUCUUCUCCGCCAUCGAUGAUCUUUUCGAUGAGGGCCUUAGCUUGCCUCCUCUCAAAGGCAAAGGCAUUCUCAAUAAUCUCUUGCCUAGGCUCGUCAAGUUUGUCAGGGAUACUGAAGAGGAAAUUCUCCGUUUUAACCCUCCCGCAACCAUGGACAAGGACAGGUUCUUUUGGUUAAGAGACGAGGAAUUUGGAAGACAAACUCUUGCGGGUCUAAACCCUUGUUGCAUCCAAUUGGUCACGGAAUGGCCAUUGAAAAGCAAACUAGACCCCGAGAUUUAUGGCCCUGCGGAAUCAGCCAUCACUACCCAAAUAAUUGAGCAGGAAAUUAAAGGAUUCCUUACGGUUGAAGAGGCCAUUAAACAGAAGAAACUCUUCAUGCUGGACUACCACGAUUUGCUGUUGCCAUUAGUGAAGGAUGUUCGACAACUUGAAGGCACAACACUAUACGGAUCAAGAACACUCUUCUUCCUAACCCACGAAGGCACGUUAAGACCACUGGCUAUUGAGCUUACUCGUCCACCCAUGGACGGAAAGCCACAGUGGAAGGAAGUCUUCACACCUUGCUGGCACUCGACCGGCGUCUGGCUUUGGAGGCUCGCCAAACUCCACGUCCUCGCCCACGACGCCGGUUACCACCAACUCGUCAGCCACUGGCUGAGAACACACUGUGCGACGGAGCCUUACAUUCUGGCGACAAACCGCCAACUGAGCGCGAUGCACCCGAUCUACAGACUACUGCACCCGCACUUCCGUUACACGAUGGAGAUCAACGCGCUGGCGCGUGAGGCGCUGGUAAACGCGAACGGAAUAAUAGAGAGCAGUUUCACUCCGGGGAAGUUCUCCAUCCUGCUCAGUUCAAUCGCCUACGACAAACAGUGGCAAUUCAACCUCCAAUCCCUCCCCGCAGAUCUCAUCCACCGAGGCAUGGCGGUCAAAGACCAAAAUGCCCCUCACGGCCUCAAACUAACCGUCGAAGACUACCCUUACGCCAACGACGGCCUCCUCCUCUGGGACGCCCUCAAAGGAUGGUUCACCGAUUACAUCUACCGCUAUUACCCCGACAACGGAGCAAUCCAAUCCGACACAGAGCUCCAAGCCUGGUGGCAAGAGAUCGUCAACGUUGGCCACGCCGACAAGAAAGACGAACCCUGGUGGCCGCAGCUCAAAACAAGACAAGACCUAAUCGAAAUCCUUACCACCAUUGCGUGGACUGCCUCCGGCCACCACGCGGCGGUGAACUUCGGACAGUUCUCCUUCGCCGGGUACUUCCCGAACAGGCCUAGCGUUGCGAGGAACAAGAUGCCGGUGGAGGAUCCUUCGGAUCCUGAGUGGGAGCUGUUUCUUCAGAAGCCGGAGGUGACUAUGCUCAAGUGUUUUCCGUCGCAGAUUCAGGCCACGACGGUGAUGACGGUGCUGGACAUUCUGUCGAACCACUCGCCGGACGAGGAGUAUCUCGGGGAGACGGUGGAGCCGGCGUGGGAGGAGGACGCUCUUGUGAAGGCGGCGUUUGAGAAGUUUAGAGGCAAGUUGAUUGAGCUUGAAGGGUUGAUUGAUGAGAGGAAUGCUGACAAGUCUAGGAGGAACCGGAACGGUGCAGGGAUUGUGCCCUAUGAGCUUCUUAAGCCCACUUCGGAGCCUGGUGUUACGGCUAAGGGAGUUCCUUAUAGUAUAUCUAUUUGAACCUUCAACCUACGUACCUUUUCUAUGUCUAUGUCUAUGUCUAUGUUUGUGUCCUCUUCAUCGUGAUGGAUACCAUGAAUCUGCCAUUAUUCAUCUCUACUUUGCUUCCUUAAUUUGUUUCUGCAAUACUCAUAAUUAUUAGACACUUUUUUAGUUAUACA